GCCCUCUAUUUGAGCUCUCGUCUUCCGCCCCAUCCAGUGUUGUCUGGAGUUCAGUAAUCCUUUUACUUGUGUACAAAUUGGGAGAAAGCACACUGCACAUCUGUCAAGAUGCUGGCCACAGUCCGCAAGCAACUCAGAAACCACCCGGCUCUGAUUCCUCUCUUCUUCUUCAUUGGAGGCGGCACAGCCAUGUCCUUGCUGUACCUGGCUCGUCUGGGUUUGAAGAACCCAGAUGUCUGCUGGGAUCGCAAGAACAACCCCGAGCCCUGGAACAAGAUGGCCCCGACUGAUCAGUACAAGUUCUUCACUGUGAACAUGGACUACAGCAAACUGAAGAAGGAAGGGCCCGACUUCUAAACCUUCUGUCUGCCGGACCAAAAGCACACUGAUCGGCUGAUGGCUUUGGACUUCUUCUGGGAUUCUGAGGGCUGCAGAGGCCAAACCCGCACAAUGGUUGCCACAUGUUUAAGUUUGCCCAUUGCAUACCCGCUUUCAAACCCUGUCUUUGUCGUCUUCCAUUUUGGAUGGCUGUCAAUAAAGUGAAAGGAGUCUUUUCUCCUCCUUACAGAGAAAAGAACCUGUUUUAUUUUAUUGGGAUUUUGUUAGUUUGUCCUGGUCCAGCAUGUUGGGUCAUGUCUGCUUAAGUUUUUAUUUGCCGUGUCAUGUUGAGCUGCUCCCCCCCCUUCACCACAUUUCAUCUUUGUCCUGCUCACUUUUGUGCCACUGGAGUCUUUGCUGCUCUCCAGAGCUUUAUCGCUGGACAUUUUUUAACCCGUCACGGUGCGAAAUCUGGCGCCCUCUGGUGGCCAUGCGGUUUAUGCAAUGACGUCACCAAGCAGCCUGCAAAGAUUGAGCUGUUUUUGAAAAGCAAUAAUUUAGCAAAGGAAGGAGAGCCGGUGGAGCGUUUGGUCUUUUAGAAUAUCAGCGCGCACGGUCUGAUAAGUUUUGUAAAUGUCAACAUGUCUCGGCGUAGGAGGCGGCAGGGAAGCGACAAGGAUGAGCGCCCAACGCUGUGCACAAAAAUGUCAAGAAGACCUUUUGUGUUUGAACAGAAGCCCUCGUCUAAAUCUCACACCACCCACCUUCUUCAUGUGUGCACCUCUGCACGCUGCUUUCUUUUCCAUUCGGGAUGGAUUUGGGAACGGCGUGUGCACAACGUGCGAACCAUCCUCUCCUAAAAUGAGUGCUAUUUUUAAUAAUGUACGAGAGUCGCAAAAGUCAUUAGUUGCUGCUCCUCAACUUCACUUUUAAACUUCUUCCUCUUGCUGUAGGAUUGCCAUAAUGAAUUCACAUCUUGGCUGGAAAACAAAUAUUUAACAUUCACUUUAUUAAAUCGGUGUGUUUUGUACAAUAAA